AGGUAACUUCUUCAUUGUGAAAGGUUCUAGUGUACUUCAGCCGAAUUGAAAGUUUUCAGAAUGGUCCGCGAAGUCAAAACGAAGGGUGAAUUCGAAACUUGCCUGGCGGAAGCGGGAUCUAAGCUUGUGGUUGUCGAUUUCUUCGCAACAUGGUGUGGUCCGUGCAAGCACAUUGCUCCCAAGAUAGAAGAAUUAGAGAGCUCGAAUCCGGACGUCGUUUUCUUGAAAGUGGAUAUAGACGUUGUUGAAGACCUUGCCGUGGAUUUCAACAUCUCUUGCAUGCCAACGUUCCUCUUCUUCAAACACAAGACCAAGAUCGACGAAUUUUCGGGAGCAAAUGAAAUCAAGAUCGUCGAAAUUGUCCAGAAGCACAAAAAUUGAAUAGAGAGUUGAAGACCACUUCAAUGCUCGCUGAAGAAGCUAUCUGGCGCAGACAGGUCCUUUAGCUGGUGUCAUUAUUUCAUCUUGUGGGUCUAGCAUCAAGAAAUGAUAUUAUGGCUUGCGUUUGCCGCUUUUUUGUUGGAUUAGCAGUGCGUCAUGUGCGUGCACCGUCCGGAGUAAGGUGCUGUAUUUCCACGCAUGAUUCUGGGAAUCUAACCGAACUCAAUGGAACUACUGUAACAAUUACGAGCCUUAGUUUUGGGAAGGGCCAUUCAUCUCUUUCGCUCGAAAAUCGUUUUUAUUGAUUUCAAUAUCUUAGCUCGUGCAUUCCUGUGAAAGUGUUUCGCAGAUUUUCUGUGCCUUCUUGCAACAUCACGUGUCAGAAUAAUAAAUCGAUGCUUCGUGAUCAA